AUUUUCUUGGGGGAAAAACGAUCAUGGCCAACUGGGUGUAGGUGAUUUUGUUGGCCAUGCUUCCCCAAAGUUGAUGAAGUUGUCUACAGAAGAUCCAGUUGCUCAUAUUUCAGCAGGUGAUAACCAUAGUGCAAUUUUAACAAGGAAAGGAGAAAUGCUGACUUUUGGACUUAAUUCCAGUGGACAAUUAGGCCACGGUGACUCGAAUAAUACAUCGGUUCCAAAACCAGUUGAAGAAUUCAAAGGCAGCGUCGUUACUCAGAUUGCAUGCGGUAAUAAUAACACUGUCGCGUUUGUUCCUGGUUGUGGACAGGUUUUUACCUUUGGAAACUGUGAACAUGGUCAGCUUGGUCUUGGAAAAUUGGUUGAGAAAGUUCAAACUCCUGAAAUUGUUAACGGUUCUUGGUCAUCGAAACAUGAAGAAGCUACUGUCUCUGUUUUCAGAAUAUGUUCUGCAGGCAAUCAAACCUACAUCUUGACUUCAAAUAUACCUGAUUCAUCACCAUCAGAUUUCAGGGCCAUUGGUGAUGAAGUUGGUGUUGUAAAAUUUGAAAAAGUAUUUUGCAGCACCCUUGAAAAUGUGGAAGAUGAAACCGAUAUUAUUUCAGUGAUAAAUUCAAAAAGUUGUUGGAAUAGUUCAUUUGCUGACCUCAAUCAAGUGACCAAUCACUAUCACCAUGGGGUCCACCUUGAUCAAGCAAGUGAAGUGUUGAAGCUGAUGUGUGGAUGUAAGUUCUCAGAAACUAUUAUGAAGUACCUCUUUGAGAUGCUGCGGAGCUUGGAUACGGAUCCACCUGAUUUGGAUGCUAUCAGACUGUAUAUUACUUUGCCAAUGGUAUUUGAGCAUAUGGAGGACUCGGUUCAGAAGUUAGAAAUGAUCCGUUUCUUCUUCAUUAAACUGUCACAUAUGGAAAAAGUUGUCUGGAAAGUUUUGGAAAGAUGGCAUAAGUCAUCAGAAGUGGCCUUUGUCAAUAUUGUACAUUUAGGCAAAGCAUUGAUGCUUGAUAACUUAGGAUAUCUUUUUCUCACUGGUGGAGAUGCCGGGCUGAGAUGCCAAAAUGUUAUGAAAAUACUAAACAGCCAUAAUGAAAUAUCUAAAAUCACUAGUUAUAAAGCAUUUCACCUUUCUUUAACCGAACAAUUCAUAAAAAGUAACCUGGAAGUUGUCCGUAUUUUACUUCUGAAAUACCCCUUUCUUGGUGAUGCGAAGUCUAAAGCUACUCUACUUCUGUUGGAUGCAAAAAACAGGAAGAAUAAAGCAAAUUUUCAAGAAAGAAUAGAUAUCAUGUUUGGUCAAUUUCUACCUUUUUUGGGUUUACCUCCCAAAAUACGUAUAUCUGUUAACAGGUCAUCACUCGUCGCUGACUCUGUGCAACAGUUGCAAAAUGUUGAAAAUUUGAGCCGGCCAUUUUAUGUUCAGUUUCAGGGCGAAGAGGGAAUAGAUGAUGGAGCAAUAAAUAAGGAAUAUUUCAUGCUUAUUAUGCCGGAACUGUUGACCAAUUAUGAAUUGUUUUCUGAGAAUGAUGAUUCAAAUUACUUGUGGUUUUCUACUUCUUACAUUGAUGCAAAGGAACCAUUAUACAAUCUUGUGGGAAAGCUGUGUGGCAUUGCUCUGUGUAACAACACUGUUGUAAAUGCAAAUUUCCCACUUGUCUUGUAUAAAAAGUUAUUAGGACAGGAGCCAGACCUUGAUGACUUCAAGGAAUUUGAACCAACAUUUGGCAAUAGCUUACAACAAAUACUUGAUUUUGAAGAACAAGAGGACCAAACAGUUGAAGAAGUUUUUGAACUUACCUUCGUGUCAUCUAAGGGUGUUCCAUUGAAACCCAAUGGACAUGAAAUACCUGUUACAUCUGUAAAUAGAGAUGAAUAUGUACGACUCUGUGUGAACUAUGUUGUGAAUAAAUCUGUUGAAAAGCAGUUUAGCUCAUUUCAAAACGGUUUUUCUAAAGCUUGCUCUGGUGAAAUUUUUGAUAUUUUCAGACCAGAAGAGCUCAUGGAAAUGGUAGUUGGUAAACAAGAUUUUAGUUGGGAAGAAGUGAAAGCGUCCAUGGAUGCUUUUUCAGUUUCAGAUGAAUUUAGUGAAGUGUGCGAAUGGUUUUGGGAAGUAUUGCUUAGUUUUAAUGAUGAAGAGAAAGAGCAAUUUCUCAUAUUUCUGACCGCUUCCAACAAGGUGCCUGUAUCUGGAUUCAAAUUUGAGAUACAGCAGAUUGAAGCUAAUGAUAAGUUAUUGCCGAUUGCCAUGACCUGUUAUAAUAUUCUUCAAUUACCCGUUUAUUCAAGUAAAGUAGUUUUGGAAGAUCGGUUAAAUCUGGCGAUUCAAUGCAAGGGAUUUCAUUUAAAAAUGAUAGACAACAUGCUGACAUGUGGAAAGGGUGCGCUGGUGGAUUCCCUCGGUCGGAAACAAGAUGUAACGUCAUUGGAAAAACUUUCAAUAGCAGGUGAUUGUAUCAAGAAUGUUGCUCUCACAGGUGACAAUGCUUACAUUCUCUACCAUGAUGGAACAAUUAGGGCCUAUGUAGCGGAGAAAGAUACACAUGCAGAUAACGAAUUACUUAAUGUUAUAAAAGAUAUAAAAAUUCUGAAUAUCCAUGCUGGUGUACAUGGCCAAGUGUUCGUGAUUGAUGAAAAUGGAAUAGCUUAUGCAUGGGGUUGUAAUGAUCACGGACAGCUAGGUCUAACAGAUGCGGAUGAUUUUGUGUCUCUACCAAUGAGUGUUCCAUUCACUAACAAGAAGAAAGUGGUGCAGGUCGCUUGUGGAAAUACUCAUACUUUGAUACUCUUGAAAAAUGGGGAUUUGUUUUCAAUGGGAGAUAAUGAAUAUGGACAGCUUGGUCUUAAAAACAAAUGUCCUGUGAAUGAGCCAGAACGUAUCACCACUUUGGAGAAUGUUCCCAUUUUGAGGAUUGCAGCAGGCGGUUGGCAUUCUUUUUGUUUAUCGCUAUCAGGAAUCUUGUAUUCAUGGGGAAGAAAUAAUUUUGGCCAGUUAGGCGUCGGAGAUUUCAUGGAUCAUUCUUCUCCACUGAUUAUAAAAAUGUCAUCAAAACUUCCCAUUGCUUAUGUUUCAGCUGGUGACUAUCACAGUGCUUUAUUAACAAGGGAUGGACAGAUGUUUUCUUUCGGUCUUGGAGCAUUUGGCCAGUUGGGACAUGGUGUUCCAUGUAACAAUGAGUCAAAACCAAAGCAAGUCGAGGAAUUCAGUGGAAGUGUUGUAACACAAAUCGCUUGUGGGCAAAAUCACACCGUUGCUUUUAGCCCUGAUUGUAAGCAGGUUUUUGCGUUUGGAAGUUGUUCAGAUGGACAACUUGGUAUUGGAAUCAAAAAAGACAAAAUUCCAGAUCCCAUGAUGGUUAAUAUACCACAAAGUAGUGAUGAGAAUGGUAACAAUAAAGUAAAACAAGUAUUUGCAGGUGGUAUUCAGACAGUUGUUUUGUUAGAAAAAUCAGUCGGUGCUGACAUUUUACAGCAACAAGAUUUCAGGAUACUUGAUUCAGAUCAACAUAUUUUGACCUUGGAUGAAAAUUAUUGCAAAAUUAUAUCAAAACUGCCAAGAAAUAGUGAAAUGCCAGCUGAUAUCGAGCAAAAACUCAUUUCAAUUAUAUCAUCACAAAAAUGUUUGACUGGUUCGUUCCACUUGGAGGUUGUAAGGAAUGAAGUUGUCUCUCGCAGUUUUGAUUUCGAUAAAGUUGAAACACUUUUGUCUCAAAUCUUUGAAAGCAAAAAUGAAGCAGUUGAAAAACUUAUUGUUAAAGUUCUGUGUGACAAUGUUUUAUCUCGUCGUCCUAAAGAUGAUCCAGAUACAGAGUCACUUAAAUAUUUCCUUCUGAUGCCGUUUUUGAUUUCACCCAUCAAAUGUGUUGUCAGCAGAGCUAAAUGCUUCUUUCUCUUCAUUAGAAAACUGGUUACAAUGAAAGCAAAAUAUUGGGGGGAACUUUCCAGUUGGUAUAAAACAUCUUCAUCAGUGUUUUCAGCACUUGUUAAAUUGUGCUGUAUACAUAUUGCAGAUGGUUUGUUGAAAAAAUUUGAGGUCUCGAGUGAUGCUGUUCAAAAUGAACUGAAUUUAGUAAAGAAAUUACAUAAAUUGAAUUGUAAGCAUCACAUCAUUUCUUUUGAUGAAUUCUACCUUUCUGUCAAAUUUAGUCUGGAAUUUUUGAAUGAACAGAUGAGACAAAAGAAACAGAACAAAACUCCAUUGAUAUUUUCAUGCCCAUUUCUGUUCAAUAUUGGGGUGAAAAAAGAUUUGCUAUCAUGCGAUCUAUCUCAUGCACUGCCAUUUUAUAUCUUUCCGGUUUAUAGCGAGUUGAUAGUGAACAGGGAAAAUGUUUUCGAAGAUGCUAUUAAACAAUUGGAUUUUAUAAAAGAUCCAGCCUUGAAACUGUACAUUGUUUUCGAAGGGGAAGAAGGAAUGGACUAUGAUGGGUUGACAAAAGAAUUUUUUAGGCUUGUUUUCCAAGAAAUAUGCCAACCCAGCUCUGGACUAUUCAUUGAAGAUGAAAAAUCUCGUAUGAUGUGGUUCACUAACAACACUGAUGAAACAAAGUAUUAUUACGUCGGCAUGCUAUGUGGGCUCGCUCUCUAUAACACUGCAAUAAUGGACUACCCUCUUGCAAGUAUGAUGUUCCCUCUUGCUUUGUAUAAAAAAUUACAAGGAGUUGAAAUAAAUCUUGAUGAUUUCAAGCAAAUAUUUCCAUCAUUUGGCAAUAGUUUGCAGAAGUUAAUUGACAGUGAAGAGAUUGUGCAAGAUAAACACAAAUAUCAUUUUGUUUCAAAUAGUGGCGAACCUUUGAAAAAGCGUGGUCAACAUUUGGCUGUUACCAACUCAAACAAAAAUGAAUAUGUGAAACUACAAGUUGAUUAUGUACUUAAUAAAUCUAUCAAAAAACAGUUUGAUAGCUUUAAAAAGGGUUUUGAAAAGGUGUGUACCAGUCCAGUUAUGAAACUUUUUCGGCCCGAGGAAUUAAUGCGGGUAUCAGCGUAUAAAAAAAAAUUGAAUUGGAAAAAACUUCAGAAGAAUGCUGUGAUUCAUCCACUUUCCGACACUUUCAAACAAGUGUGUGAUUGGUUCUGGGAAAUAGUUCACCAUAUGACAGAAGAAGAUAAAGCAAAGCUUCUAAUCUUCCUUACUGGAACUGAUAUAGUCCCACUUGAGGGGAUAAAAGAUAAACUGAAAAUAUAUGAAGUAUUUGAUGACGAAGGAAAUCUAAAUGAUGCUCUUUUACCAGUAGUUCAAACAUGUUUUCUGACUCUGGAGCUGACUUUGUAUUCCAGCAAAGAGGUUUUAGAAGAACGCCUGAGAGUAGCGAUGAAUUGCAAAACAUUUGGUAUUUUGUAAAAAGAAUCGUAUGGCCAUUGGCCAAUGACUAUAUAUACGGUAUGUGUAUUUAAUGAAAGCCAUGUAGGAAUAUAAAAUUCUGAUUAUUGAGAAGGGCAUUUGGCAUAGCCUAUAUUGAAGUUAUGAUUAAUGUGACCAGGCCGCCCUUUAGUAUAUUAUAUUUAUUUUGUUUCAGCUUAGAAUUUAAUACUUCCUUUUGAAUGGUAUAUAUAAAUUGGGAAAAGUGUCUUUUAAUAUUAUUGCCUUGUUGUUGAAUAUAUAUUUCCAAUCCAUGCGUGUUAUCCACCUUGAAUUUCUUAAAUAUCUGAUCGUAAUUUUGAUAAUUGAAAUGUUUCUAUGUAUAUUUACUUUUUUUAAUCUGUAUUCAACAACUUUUUUAUUUUAUGUGUUUAUUAUUUUUGGUGAUAUCCAGCAAGUUUUUCAGUUCAUGAUUCCACUGUAAGUAAAAUUUUAUUGCGUGAUUAGCAUAGUGUUCCCCUUAUGCAAACAUACAACUAUUUUUAUAUGCAUCAAGGGUAUAACUUUGAAAAUCCACUGCCUAGAUACUGUUUUGAGUUUUCAUAUAAAGCUCAACUGUCACAUUUACUGUGAAUGUAUAUUUUAUAAUUAUGUUAUUGUACACAUGUCAUCGCAGUAAAACUAAAGUAGCUGAUUUUACAGUUUUCAGAAAUGGACUUUCUUGAUCUUCUGUCGUUAUGGAGUAGGGUCAGGGUUUCA